AUGAUCCUUGGGAUGGCCAAGCUCUACAACGAGAACUACGUUCUGAAAGAUUGGCACAUAUGGCUCUGUUACGUGGCGGUCAUCUGGACCGCAUGCGCGCUGGUCAUAUUUGGAUCUCGAAUCCUUCCUGCUUUCAACCACUUUAUGAUGUAUUUUUCCUUUGCCGCCCUGAUCGUCACCUUUGUCACUCUCCUCGCAUGCGCGGCACCGAACUACCGGUCGACAAGUUGGGUUUUUGCAACCACCUCGAAUGCCACUGGCGUAGAUGCCGGAGCACAUAUGUGUGAAGAGAUUCCCAAUCCUACCGUCAACGUGCCCAAGGUGAUUGUACGAGCCCUGUGCCCAUCUCCCAUCUAUUUGAUUGACAAAUGCAAAUGGCUUAUCACUCAUCAGAUCUACCCCGUGAUUAUCGGAUUCUUUUGUACAUUUCCAUUCUCCAUCGCUUGCAUGUACGUCAUGACCGACCUGGACGCCGUUUUGAACACCGACACAGGCCUUCCUUUGAUGGAACUAUAUCUCCAGGCGACUGGAAGUAAAGCGGCCACGGUUGCUCUCAUGAGCGCCUUCGCAAUCUGUAUGUUUGGAGCGGCUUGUGCCAACAUCACCAGCUCGAGCCGCCAGAUGUGGGCAGCCUCCCGAGACAAUUGCUUUCCAUUCUCGAAAUAUUGGAGCCAGCUUCAUCCCAGAAGGCAGAUGCCACUUAACGUGGUGUGCGUGACUGGCACCCUGACAUGCUUUGAAGUUGAAGCAGAUUCUGACGGCGACGGCGACGCCGAGCUGCAGUUGUAUGGCCUGAUCUUCCUCGGCUCCUCGACGGUUUUUGCCUCGAUGGUGGGAGCAAGCAUUGUCUUCAUGACCACAUCGUAUGUCAUUCCACAAGGCAUUCUAGCUUGGAGAGGACGGGACGCCAUCCUUCCGGAACGGCCGUUCGGGCUGGGAGCUUGGGGACUGCCUGUCAACAUGAUAUCCUGCAUCUGGGUGGCAGGCAUUGAUGUUCUUUUCUGCUUCCCUACAGCCAUGCCUGUGACCAAGAACAAUAUGUCGUGGAUUAGUGUUGUCAUUGUCGCGCUCUGCUUGUACAUCCUGAUUGCCUGGAACGUAUGGCAGAAGAAAGUCUUCAAGGGCCCUGGAGGAGAUUUACCCGCGAUGCGAUUACAAAGACUUGGAGCCGAAGCCGAAGCACCACAUACAAGAUUUACCCUCCUCGAUGGUUCUUCCAUUCCCAUGGAUGAAACGCCGGCUGAAACCCUGGCGGGGAAAGAGAACGUGGCAGGCAGGAAAAGGGCAUCAAGUUGA